AUGUCCGACUCGCAGGCCCAAUUUUUUGAAGACGAACUUCCCCUGAUCCGCAGCUGCCGAGCCCUAAAUGAGCUUCGCCUAGCUGAAGAGCUUACAGAUCUUACCAUCGAGGUAAAUCAACCUACUGCAACUGUUCUCAAAACAGCUCUCGUUGUCGAGGCCCUGGUAGUGGGUUCAGAGGAAGAUAUAUUUUGCGCCAUUUCACGAUGGGCCAGCAACUGUAACGAGUUUGGAGAUAAGAAGAUGAACGAGGACCUGCCGAUGAUGUUGAAGGAAAUUCAGUGGGACCAAACGAGUGCACAGUUCCGUGGACGCCUACUGGACUCUCACUUCAUAUUCCAGAACAGCACAGAAUCGAGCAUAUUCGUAGUUGGAGGAUCGUCCGCUCAGCAGCAGGGUAUAACAUCUGUGCAAGAGUUCACUGUGCGAGAACGGCGUUGGCGAACACGAGCACCCCUCGCCUGCCGACGCCAAGAGCAUGCAGCCGCAGUUGUGCGCGUUGCUGCUGCCGAUGGCAAGGAGGGUGGCGAAAAAUCGUUAAUUGCCAUUGUUGGCGGAUGCUUUCAAGAAGGGGACACCUGGACACAACUCGCCUCUUGUGAGUUGUACGACGUCAACCAGAACAGGUGA